AGAGCUUACCUUUAGUAUAUCCUGACGGAAUGUGGCGCACCCCGCCCCGCGGACGAAGAUCAGUGCAGAGACAGAGGUAUUGAGCGUCUAUUAGUGUAUGGCGCGAGUUCUCCGGCGGAUACGCAGUAGGAGACGCCUUCUGUUAUAUGACAACCUCACGUCCAACACGCCCGCGACCCGAGAAAAUCGACCCCGCGGCCAAAAUCCAACACCGCGCUCCCAACCCCGUGACUUCGGCGCAAAGUCCUUUUCGGGCAGGCCUUGAGCGCCGCGAAGGCAGCGCGCGCGUCGACUGCCCAUGCCCUGCGCCGAGCUCGCCGAAAUUUCAGAAAACAUCCACCGAGGUCCUGAGCACGUGCUUCAGCAAGAACCAGAGCCCAGAACACACGCCAAACGCACCCUUUCGCGGAGGGAGGCGAUCUUCAAUAUGCCGUCUUCAACUCUACUCGAGUGCGACGGCAGCGCAGCGUCCGCUGCGCCACACGAGCUAGUGCAGCACGUGUUCGGCUCAAGGGUGACAGCGGAUGGGGGCGAAGAUUGGGAGGAUGAGAGUGGAAGAUUGGGGGAAGGGUGAAGUGGGGGCGGACGAGUUCCGCUGGCUGGAAAGCGUAUUCAGCCGACGAGCGCGGUCGAGCGAGCUUGGGAUUACGUUG